AUGGCGGAACCUCAGAGUGUUAUAACUCAGGUAUCUGCCGACCAGGGUUUGCCUCCUGUGAUGCAGGAUCAAGGCCAGGAGUUUCUGGAUGAUGAUUCUUUGAUUCAUUUAAACAUCCAGGAAAACCAUUACUACAUUACAAGAGACCAGCUAAUGUCGCUACCGGAAUCCUUGCUGCUGUGUUUGUUCCCGUCUGGUGUCUUUAUGGACCGAACCGGCCAAGUUAUCACGAAUCUGACGUCGCAGGACGAAGUCUACGUUGGAAACUUCCCGCCAGACUGCUUCGAGUACAUUAUGGAAAGCUAUGUGCGGGCACAAGAAGAUCUAAUCAACUUUCCGGUGGACGAGAUUUUCAAUCGCGCCCAAUCCUCUCGUGAGCCAUCCCGGUUUUUCGGGUUCGCAUCACCCUCGGCCAUGGCCCCCUCAUCCUCUAACUCAGAAGCUGAGAUCCUACACGAGAAGCCCAGCAUAAUAGUUCUACGAGAAGAUUUGGAUUACUAUUGCGUUCCAUUUCAAUCCUUGGCUUUCCCUGAGGGUGCUUCAGAGGAACUGAAAUCAGAAUUGACCGAUAAUUUCAUCGCUCAAGUCAAGUUGGCUGCUGGCAGCUACUUGUCGGCACAGACUAGCGUUUUUGAGGGACUCUUUAGUUCUAACAGGCUAAAAAGACCUCAAAAGACUGCAUCCGGAGAAACUGUUAGCAAGCUGGGUCCCGCGGAGCAGCACUUAAUGGAUAUGCUGUGCACUUCGGGGUUUCACGACUCUUCUGUAUGGGGCAAUCGUGCCCAGGAGCCUGGCAAGACCGUUAUUAGCUCGCUCUCAUUAUGUCGUUUGUUGAAUGAAACCACACAGGAGUUUCGUGACAAAGCCGACUCUGCAAGGCGGUCGUAUGAAGAGAAGGUCGAAUCUUCUCGUGCUCUAUCUGAGUCUCCGUCCUUGACGCCCUUAAUGUCGCGAACUUCUCAAGGCUCCACAGCUGCUGAAGUGAAACGCAAGUCUAGACUUUCGUCGCUUGCGGAUAAUGUUCGCUCUCGUUCUGCAUCUAGAAAUCGAUCGUCAUCGAGACAGAAUCGUGAUCACACUCCAACACUUUAUGACCUGGUACCUAAACCAGACAUCAAUUCCAAACUUUUGUUGUUCUGGAAGAAGCCAGCACGUAAGUGCUGGUGGGGAGAAGAAGACUUGAAGCUCACUCUGAAACUUUAUGGUGAAAUUGAUUCUGAAACCGGAAAACUUUUGCUGCUGCCACAAGGGCCCAUUGUGACCCUAGAAGUCUCGGUCAAAUUACACAUAAGAAGAGUUUGGACUUUGGAAUUGAGCGUCGUGGGCGUUGAAUGA